CUGCUCCGGGCGGCUUGUGGGGGAUUAAAGGUGAAGUGUCCGCGCGCACAGGUGAGCGGAAAAGAAGAGCGCGCGUGCAAACAGAGCCGCUGAUAAACUGACCGAUCAGAAGAACUGACCGAUCAGAAGAACUGACCGAUUCACCUCAGAACUCCGCGUGAGACUCCAGAGCGGCGUCACCUCGACAGUGAGAGGAGAGAGAGGGGGAGAGAGGGGAUGAGUGUGGUGGUGAGCAGUAACGCUCAGGAGGAAUAUGAGGACGACUUUGAGAAAGAUCUGGACUGGCUGAUCAGCGAGGAGAGUAAGAGCGAGGAGCAGGAUGAUGAAGACAUUGAAGCUCAGAUAGACAGAGAGUUAGGAGAGGAUGAGGAGGGAGUGAGGGAGGGUGAUGAAGGGCAGAUUGAGAGGGUCGCAGAGGAUGAUGGAGAAGAAGAAAGAUGGCCAACACCAAUGGAGCCGCUGGAGGACUCUGACGUUGCUGCAAUACAGGCUGAGGAUGAUGACGAGCUGGAGGAAGAAAAGAAAAUGAUGCUGCAGAAGAUCGAACAGGCCAACAGGCAGCUGCAGGAUCAGGAGGCUCCUGACCAGACGCGCCGCAGACGGCUGCAGUUUAAAGACACGUUGGUGGACUUGGUAGUGCCAGCUCAGGACUACAGCUCAAACAGUCUGCAGAGCGCCCCCUAUGGGGACUCCAGUCCUGUGCUGGGGGUGGACUCUGAAGUGGACGGGGUCGUGUCCGAUCAGAUGCUGAAGCUGAGGAUCUCUCCGCAGGAGGAGAGCCAGGGUGUGGAUGUAGGGAGAGAGGGGGCGAGAGAGGGACGAGUGCUGGUGGAGAAGGAUGGAAAGUUUGACCUGGUCAGUCUAAGGGAGGUGGAGAGCCAGGGCCUGCUGCCGCCUCUGUCUGUUUCCCAUAGCGAUGGUCCCAGAGGAUCCCCACGACUCGAAACCAGCAAAAGCCCCUCUUCUUCCCCGAAACCUGCGGCUCCCGAACCCCUACACGUCCCCAAACCUCCAUCACAGCCCCGAGUGCGGCCAAACUCAGCCAGCCACACGCACAGGACAGCAGGCAGGCCGGACAGCAAGCGCAGGGUCCAGUCCGCUAACGGAGCUCCAGCACACGCCACCUUCACCCUCUCACCACAGCAGAAAGAGCUCCUGACCAAACAGCAGCAGAAGAGAGAGAGACAGGCUAGAGAGGAGGAGGAGCGGAGGCGUGAGGAAGAGGAGCAGAAGCGUCAGACCAAUGAAUUGGCCUUCCGGGCGUGGCUGCUGAAGAAGAGGCAGCAGCUGCAGGAGGAGAGGAGAGUGCACAGAGCUCAGGAGAUGGAGAAGAUGAGCUGCAAGCGGGAGUGCUGCGAUCCAGAGGAGGCGUUUAAGCUGUGGUUACAGAGGAAGCAUGAGCAGCAGCUGAAGGAGAAGCAGCUGGAGGAGAUGAAGAGGCUGGAGCAAGAGAGCAGCAUCUACAUCCACCGACCAGAGGAGUCCGAGAAAGCCUUCAGACUGUGGUUGAGGAGGAAGCGGGAGGAGAAGCGGGCGGAGCAGCAGGCUGCUCGAGAGCGUUCCAGGAGGCUGGUGUUUGAAGAGCGGCAGGCCAGGCGCAUGCGGGACCUCCUCUGCACUGUCAACGAGAUCCAGUCCUUUCGCUUCAACGACCCUUACGGCUACAGAUUCUGAGCUCCUCCUGUACUGCAGUCGCCACAGCUCCCAUAACUGAACUCCUUCAAUAACGCAGUCGCCACAGCUACCAUAACUGAACUCCUUCAAUAACGCAGUCGCCACAGCUACCAUAACUGACCUCCUCCAGUUCCACAGUCGCCACAGCUCCCAUAACUGACCUCCUCCAGUUCCACAGUCGCCACAGCUCCCAUAACUGACCUCCUCCAGUUCCACAGUCGCCACAGCUCCCAUAACUGACCUCCUUCAAUAACGCAGUCGCCACAGCUCCCAUAACUGAACUCCUUCAAUAACGCAGUCGCCACAGCUACCAUAACUGACCUCCUCCAGUUCCGCAGUCGCCACAGCUACCAUAACUGAACUCCUUCAAUAACGCAGUCGCCACAGCUACCAUAACUGACCUCCUCCAGUUCCGCAGUCGCCACGGCUACCAUAACUGACCUCCUCCAGUUCCACAGUCGCCACAGCUACCAUAACUGACCUCCUCCAGUUCCACAGUCGCCACAGCUCCCAUAACUGACCUCCUCCAGUUCCACAGUCGCCACAGCUCCCAUAACUGACCUCCUCCAGUUCCGCAGUCGCCACGGCUACCAUAACUGACCUCCUCCAGUUCCACAGUCGCCACAGCUACCAUAACUGACCUCCUCCAGUUCCGCAGUCGCCACAGCUCCCAUAACUGACCUCCUCCAGUUCCGCAGUCGCCACAGCUCCCAUAACUGAGCUCCUCCAGUUCCGCAGUCGCCACAGCUACCAUAACUGACCUCCUCCAGUUCCGCAGUCGCCACAGCUCCCAUAACUGAGCUCCUCCAGUUCCGCAGUCGCCACAGCUACCAUAACUGACCUCCUCCAGUUCCGCAGUCGCCACAGCUCCCAUAACUGAGCUCCUCCAGUUCCGCAGUCGCCACAGCUACCAUAACUGAACUCCUUCAGUUCCGCAGUCGCCACAGCUACCAUAACUGACCUCCUCCAGUUCCGCAGUCACCACGGCUACCAUAACUGAACUCCUUCAGUUCCGCAGUCACCACAGCUCCCAUAACUGAACUCCUUUAAUAACGCAGUCACCACGGCUACCAUAACUGACCUCCUCCAGUUCCACAGUUGCCACAGCUCCCAUAACUGAACUCCUUUAAUAACGCAGUCACCACGGCUACCAUAACUGACCUCCUCCAGUUCCACAGUUGCCACAGCUCCCAUAACUGAGCUCCUCCGGUUCUGCUGUCACCACAAAUACCAUAACUGAACUCCUCCGGUUCUGCUGUCACCACAACUACCAUAACUGACCUCCUCCAGUUCCGCAGUCGCCACGGCUACCAUAACUGAGCUCCUCCAGUUCCGCAGUCACCGCGGCUACCAUAACUGAGCUCCUCCAGUUCCGCAGUCACCACGGCUACCAUAACUGAGCUCCGCCAGUUCCGCAGUCACCACGGCUACCAUAACUGAGCUCCUCCAGUUCCGCAGUCAUCACGGCUACCAUAACUGAGCUCCGCUAGUUCCGCAGUCACCACGGCUACCAUAACUGAGCUCCUCCAGUUCCGCAGUCACCGCGGCUACCAUAACUGAGCUCCGCUAGUUCCGCAGUCACCACGGCUACCAUAACUGAGCUCCUCCAGUUCCGCAGUCACCGCGGCUACCAUAACUGAGCUCCUCCAGUUCCGCAGUCACCACGGCUACCAUAACUGAGCUCCUCCAGUUCCGCAGUCACCGCGGCUACCAUAACUGAGCUCCUCCAGUUUUGCACUAACCAUGGCUACAACAGCUGAACCCUUCUGAUUCCACAGUUGCCAAAACUACCAUAACUGCACUCUUUCAACACCACUGUCACCAUGGCUUCCACAACUGAGCUCCUGCACUUGUGCAAUACACAGCUACCAUAACUGAGAUCCUCUAGUUCCACAGUCACCACGGCUACCAUAACUGAGCUUCUCCAUUCCUGCAGUCACCAUGGCUUAAUUGAGCCCCUCCAGUUCCAUAGUAAGUUGCAAGAGGAGCAGCAGGCCGCUCAAGAGCGUCGUAGGAGGCUGGUGUUGGAAGAGCAGUGGGUCAGGGGCACCGUCAACAAGAUCCAGUGCUUCCAGUUCAACGACAGUUACAGAUUCUGAACCAGUCCUUCUUCAGUUCUGCAGCACGGCUACUAUGGCCGAACCUCUCCACUUCUGUGGUCACCACGGCUACUAUGACCGAACCUCUCCACUUCUGCAGUCACCACGGCUACUGUAACCGAACCUCUCCACUUCUGCGGUCACCACGGCUACUAUAACCAAACUUCUCCACUUCUGCGGUCACCACGGCUACUAUAACCAAACUUCUCCACUUCUGCGGUCACCACGGCUACUAUAACCAAACUUCUCCACUUCUGUGGUCACCACGGCUACUGUAACUGAACCUCUCCACUUCUGCGGUCACCACGGCUACUAUAACUUAACUUCUCCACUUCUGCGAUCACCACGGCUACUGUAACUUAACUUCUCCACUUCUGCGGUCACCAUGGCUACUAUAACCGAACCUCUCCACUUAUGCGGUCACCACGGCUACUAUAACUUCUCCACUUCUGCGGUCACCACGGCUACUGUAAUCAAACCUCUCCACUUCUGCGGUCACCACGGCUACUAUAACUUAACUUCUCCACUUCUGCGGUCACCACGGCAACUGUAACCAAACCUCUCCACUUCUGCGGUCACCACGGCUACUAUAACCGAACCUCUCCACUUCUGCAGUCACCACGGCUACUAUAACCGAACUUCUCCACUUCUGCAGUCACCACGGCUACUAUAACCGAACUUCUCCACUUCUGUGGUCACCACGGCUACUAUAACCGAACUUCUCCACUUCUGCGGUCACCACGGCUACUAUAACCGAACCUCUCCACUUCUGCGGUCACCACGGCUACUAUAACCGAACUUCUCCACUUCUGUGGUCACCACGGCUACUAUAACCGAACUUCUCCACUUCUGCGGUCACCACGGCUAUUAUAACCGUACUUCUCCACUUCUGCGGUCACCACGGCUACUAUAACCGAACUUCUCCACUUCUGCGGUCACCAUGGCUACUGUAACCGAACUUCUCCACUUCUGCGGUCACCACGGCUACUGUAACCAAACUUCUCCACUUCUGCGGUCACCACGGCUACUAUAACUGAACUUCUCCACUUCUGCAGUCACCACGGCUACUAUAACCGAACUUCUCCACUUCUGCGGUCACCACGGCUACUAUAACCGAACUUCUCCACUUCUGCGGUCACCACGGCUACUAUAACCGAACUUCUCCACUUCUGCGGUCACCACGGCUACUAUAACCGAACUUCUCCACUUCUGCGGUCACCACGGCUACUAUAACCGAACUUCUCCACUUCUGCGGUCACCAUGGCUACUGUAACCAAACUUCUCCACUUCUGCGGUCACCACGGCUACUAUAACCAAACUUCUCCACUUCUGCGGUCACCACGGCUACUAUAACCAAACUUCUCCACUUCUGCGGUCACCACGGCUACUAUAACCAAACUUCUCCACUUCUGCGGUCACCACGGCUACUAUAACCAAACUUCUCCACUUCUGCGGUCACCACGGCUACUAUAACCAAACUUCUCCACUUCUGCGGUCACCACGGCUACUAUAACCGAACUUCUCCACUUCUGCGGUCACCACGGCUACUAUAACCGAACUUCUCCACUUCUGCGGUCACCACGGCUACUAUAACCAAACUUCUCCACUUCUGCAGUCACCACGGCUACUAUAAUUCUCCACUUCUGCAGUCACCACGGCUACUAUAAUUCUCCACUUCUGCAGUCACCACGGCUAUAGCUGAGCUCCUCUAGUUCCACGUUUUUUCCAAAUUGUCCCUUCAUAGUUGGCAGAGAUUAAAGUGCUUGGUUGUCAAGCACGUGAACAAA